AUGCGCUCCGUCCUCGCCUCGAUCCGCCGCCUGCCACUCGGCGUGCGCUCCCUCGCCACCGCCGCCGAGACCCCGGCCGCCGCCGAGGCCACUGGUGAGGCCUCGUCGUCGGCCACAUGGACCCCCUUUACCCAGCGCACCGGUGUCAUUGCCCGCAAGCGCGGCAUGACCGCCCUGUGGGAUUCCGAGGGCAAGAGGUGGCCAGUGACGGUCCUGCAGCUCGACAACGUCCAGGUCGGCCUGCACGCGCUCCAGCUCGGCGCCGUCGACAUGCCCGCAAAGCGCGUGACGAACCAGAUGGUCGGACACUUCAAGAAGAACGGCGUCGCACCCAAGCACACGGUCAAGGAGUUCCGUGUCACCCCGGACGCCGUGCUCCCCGUCGGCACCACGCUGAGCGCGUCCCACUUUGUCCCCGGACAGUAUGUCGACGUUACUGCCACCAGCAUCGGUAAGGGCUUCCAGGGCCCCAUGAAGCGUCACGGUUUCGCCGGUCUCAAGGCCUCGCACGGUGUGUCGCUCACUCACCGUUCCGGUGGUUCGACCGGUCAGCACCAGGACCCCGGACGUGUCCUGCCCGGCAAGAAGAUGGCCGGCCACAUGGGUGCCGUGAAGCGCACGACGCAGAACCUGCUCGUGCACCGCGUCGACCUCGCGCUCAACCUCGUGUUUGUGCGCGGCGCCGUCCCCGGCGUCGACGACGCGUUCGUCGCCGUCCGCGACGCCAAGAAGAAGGUCGCAUACAGGGGCCAGGCGGGCCUCAUGGCCGGAAAGGAGCAGGGCGAGUGGCUCGGCGAAGGUGUCCAGUCCCUGCCGACCCCGGCGGGCACUGUCGAGCGCGCGCAGAAGGAGCAGUGGCCCGAGGUCAUUGAGUGGGCCGGCAAGGGCAAGCAGUAA